GGAACAUAGACCAAUUUGCCAGUCGAUGUGCAUGUGCGUGUAGGGUGCGAUAUUGUGCCGAAAAGUCUCUGAUUUCGUCAUCUAUUUCUGAAUAUUAUUGCGUAGAUAUAACGCAGAUAGCAUAUUUUAGUAAAGCUUGUGUAGAUUACUUGGUAAAGGUUUCCCAAGAUGCCAUUGUCGUGUCGAUAUUACGAGCAUAGGUACCCGGAGGCUGAUGAUGUGGUCAUGGUCAAUGUACGAUCCAUCGCUGAGAUGGGUGCUUAUGUUCACUUGCUUGAGUACAACAAUAUAGAAGGAAUGAUAUUGCUCAGUGAACUGUCUCGCCGACGUAUCCGGUCCAUCAAUAAGUUGAUCCGAGUUGGACGAAAUGAAUGUGUAGUUGUCAUCCGAGUCGACAAAGAUAAAGGUUAUAUUGAUUUGUCCAAGCGGCGUGUCUCGGCUGAAGAAGUAAACAAAUGUGGAGACAAGUACGCAAAAGCAAAGGCAGUGAACAGCAUCCUUCGACAUGUCGCAGAGCUCCUAAAUUACACUUCUAAUGAACAAUUAGAAAGCCUUUACAAGAAGACUGCGUGGCAUUUCGAUAAAAAACUCAACAAACCUGGGGCAUGUCACGAUAUAUUCAAACACGCUGUUGGCAAUCCUGAGCUUCUCGAUGAAUGUGAUAUUGAUGAAGAAACGAAGAGUGUUCUUCUUGACAACAUCAAAAGGAGGCUGACACCGCAAUCAGUAAAAGUGAGAGCAGAUAUCGAGGUAGCGUGUUACGGGUAUGAAGGUAUAGAUGCAGUGAAGGCUGCCCUCUGGAAAGGCCUCACAUUAACUAGUGAGGAAAUGCCUAUUAAGAUUUGUCUCAUAGCGCCACCUUUGUACGUUGUGACAACACAAACGAUAGAACGAGAGGAAGGUAUCGAGAAGUUGACUAAUGCUCUCGCUCUCAUAAAGGAGAGUAUCGAGGAGAGCACAGGAGUGUUCAAUGUCAAAAUGUCUCCUAAAGCUGUUACUGACACUGAGGAAGCAGAACUACAGAAACAAAUGGACCAAUUGGAGGAAGCGAAUCGGGAAAUCUCUGGGGACGAGGAUUCGGAGGAGGGUGAGGAUGAGGGCAUGGGUGCGGCAGUCAAUGAUGACGAGGAUGAGGAUGGGGAAAAGAAGGGCGACGAGGAGGAAGAGGGGGAGGAGGAAAAGUAGGUGGGCGACAACUGUCAUUAAAAGCGCCGUUCAAGGUCGCUAAAGCAGCACCUAGCGAGGUCGCAAGAAAGACAUUACAUAUAAGAGUAAUAAAGAAAACAUUGAAAUAAUCAUCAUGGGUUUGGCUUUAGAUUUAUAUCUAAUGAAAUAUUGUGUUAAGAGGAAUGUAUUCGGCCCAAACAGACUACACAUGAUGAUUUUAUUAUCAUGUUUUUCAACUUUUGUAUGGACUGACAUUGCUUUGUCUCUUUUCUUGUAGUGAGGCUGGGGGUGUCCAUGUGUUAAAUUUGAGCAGCAUGCGUAGUCUGUUUGGGCGAAAUAGAUGCUAUGUUGUAUAUCCUAUGCUUGUGUUCUUCUUCAAGAGUCACAAAUUUGAAUGGUUAGAAAAAAAUUCUGUUUUUGAGGACUUGCCUGAUCAUUGAUACUUGUACCAUAAACUGCUGUGGUAUUGAACAUGAACAUUUUCAGACCUGUCAGAUAAGUUUAAAAUGUGCUAUUUAAUUUCAACAAGUCCUCUUAUUUUGGAUAUCGGUGAUUUUGGGAACGGUACUUGCCCUCGGUCUCUUCAGGGGAUGAAUACAAUGGGAGAUAUUUAUGUCCGUUUUUUACUCACGAUGUGUAUGGGUAUUUGUUGAAUAAACAGUUCAACACCAUA